CCUUCAUCUUCAUCAGUUUAUUCAUCUCUGACGCUUCAAAACAUUCAUAAACAUGUAAAAUAAAUCCAUAUGAAUGAGGCUUCUGAAGAGACUCCAUCGUUUUAAAUGAUUAACAGAUUUAAUUUAGGCUUUUAUUCACAUGUAAACAUCUCUAUGAAAGAGAGUGGUGGAUCACAGGACUAGGAUUCAGAAACACUGAAAAAAAAAAAAAAAAAAAAAAUCAGCCUCAUUGAUUCAAUAAGGAAAAUGUCUUGUUUCACUUGAUUGUUACACUACAUGACAUUUUUAGUCAUUCAUUUAAACUUUUCUUGUAAAUGGUAGGAACAUUUUCCUAAUCCAUAUCAUAUACAAAGAGUAUGUUUCUAAGUUGAUGUUUGUGUUUUUAUUUAUUUGUUUGUUUGUUUAUUGUUGACACUCUUGUUUGUCAUUGACCCAUCACAGAAUAUGUGUUUAGUACAGCUGAAGUGUUUCUUUUUUACUCUGAUUUAGAAACAGUUACAUGUUUUACACACCUUUACUGCCCCCUGUUUAAUAUUACGGAGUGUCUAUUUACACUAAGUGAAAGUCUCUUAUUGGCGAAUGCUAUUUACACUAACUCCGCCUACCAAUGUCUGGUUGGGCCACUCAAGUUUUUGUUUUCAGCAUCUUUAGUGGCGCAGCAGUAGUGAUUGAGGCUCGCAGAUCUUGGUUCUAACGCGAUCGACGCGGGUUCGAAUCUGCCUUUUGCCAAGCUCGCGUUUAUUUUCAUGUGAGGUCGCUGCGUUCGUGAAUUAUGAUUGACAGUCAUAAUGACGACAGCAUACGUGGGCCAUCUUUUCCUCAUGUCUCUCUACAUUACAGUGCUCCACACAAUCCCUGCUCCUGCCAACUUCACAAUAGUGUCUCACAACUUCAGGCACAUCUUACAAUGGAGUCCUGGGAUAAAUUCUCCUCCACGGACAGUGUUCAAUUUUAAACAAAGGUGCUGUGAGAGAAAGCCAACAGUGCAGCUGAAUAUCAGAAAUACAACAGUAGAUGUCUCUGAAUUAUUGGAGGACAUCUAUACAUCCUACACUUUUGUUGUUUGGGCAUCGCUUGACAACACAACAUCAUCGAAAGUUAGAAAAAGUAUUACACCAUAUGAAGACACAAUCAUAGGUCCACCCGUUGUAUCUCUGUCUGGCUGUGGAGACUGUCUGAAUAUCACCAUCUCUCUACCUAUUGAGGGACCAAAGAUAACAAAACAAAUUCUUCAGUUUUAUAAUUCUGUGUCCUUCAAUAUAAGUUGGAAGAAAGCUGGACAGAGUGAGGCCAACCAUAUCUCUGUAUCGAGUAAACAGCAUGUCCUGCAGAAUCUUCAGCCUGGUGAUCAGUACUGUGUAAAAGUUCUUCCCCUAGUCACCCCCAAUCCCAACACUCGAUCUUCUGAUUGGCAGUGUGAAUACACUAGUAAAGAGGAGCCCAGAGGAGCGUUAUAUUUAAUGAGUUGGUCACUGGGAGCAGCAGUGUCAGGUUUAUGUGUGCUGGUGUUGGCUUUGAGUCUGUUUUACACUGGGUCUCUAUGUAAGCUGAAGACCCCUUUUCCUAAAUCACUGAGUAACAUCGUUCAAGCCCAGUAUCUGAUUCCUGAACAGACAUUCUGUGAGAGAGUGACAUCAACUGAGGCUCAGUUGAUUAGUCCAUCUAAAAAUUAUCCCACCAGAAACAACAACCCACUGAAUGUGGAGGAAGGUUCAGAAAACCAGCAACAUGAGGAAAACUAUGUCAACAAGGCUGACACAGAGGAUGAGGAAGACUAUGAUGAAGAGGAUGAAGGCAACUACAGGGGUUGUGUAAUUGGUAACAGUGGUUCGGAAACUAAUAAAAGCAAAGAGAAGGCUGUAGUUUCAACUUUGCCUCUCCAUAACAGUUCUGGGAUCUACCAUGCAAAGAAAGCAGCCAUGGAAGAAAUACAUCAUGAUGAACUUGAGUGUAAAAAGGAAUUCAUGUCAGAAGUGUUUGAAGAAAGAAAUAGACAUAUUGAAGUCAAAAGUACUCAUUUAGAAUCAAAGGGGAAUGAAGAUGGUUCGGGGAACAUCAACUUGUUUUCAGUCACUUUGAGGGCUCUGGGACCACAGGAUGAUUUGGAUGAGGAAGAGGUGUGUAAACCUCUGCUACCCAAAUCAGUCCUAGAUUUAUCUACAUCUCACAUCUCUGUACAGGAAGAACAGACAGAAGAGUUUCUACUUGAUGCAAAAGAGAUGCACAGACAGCUUUGUGUACCUAUACAGACAGAAAUGACAUCAGAUGUGGAAGAGGAGACAACAUCAGGAUAUAUGGUGACCCAUACAGGAAGCAUGUAUGAACAAAAUAGGACAAUGUCAGAAGAGACAGAUUGUGACACAGACUAUAUAACACGGUAAAGACAAGAAUAUUUAUGUAAAGACUUUCAGAAUUUAAUGAACUUGCCUGGGGGGCUAUCAUAUAAUUAAGCAGAUAAUUAUUACCUUUGCAUAAUUUAGUGAAAGUCAUGGAAAGAUCAGCAUUAAAUGAAGAACAAAGAUGCAACAACAUGUUGGUGAUGACACUGGUAAUAAAUUGCAAGUCAAUGAGCAAGAAAUAAAAGAGUAUAUGAUAUCAUUUUGUGAAGAGAUGUAAAUUUUUUAGAUUCAUAUGUAAAAUAAUCUAUUUUAAGAUGAUAUGCUGGGAAUUUUCUAAAUAAAGCUGUUAUGUAAAAGAGUGUAGUUUUACAAGUUUUUCAGGCAAGAACAUAGUGUUUAAUAUCAAAUCUGGUUUAUUUAUAAAGAUAGAGCCUUUUUGAAAAUUUGCUGAAAAGUUUUCGGAAUUGUGAGGUCGGGCCGAUCACGGAGCACGCAUGUACCCGCCGAGAACAGCCUUAUCUCGGCAAGUCCUUCUGACAUUUGCCGCUGACUCUGAUGUAUCUGUUGUGGAGAUAUAAUUCAUUUUGGAUAUAACAGCCAAUCUUUGGUCUAUUAUUUGUUCCUGGGAAAAUUGUUUUGACUGAGGUCAAAGUUAAGUUUUAUAAUUUUAUAUUUUAUUUAACUGAAAUGUCGUACUAGUGCACUGACUUUGUAGCCUACUUUUGACUGAAUUGUUUGCAAGUAUAUUUUCUAUUGUACAAAUGUCUUAUAUUAUGGCUAUUUUUGUUCAUUAAAUAUUACUGUUCAAUAAAAAUAUUUUGUAUAAAUA